UAAGAAGUCAAAUUAUAGAAAUUUACAUUAAAAUCCUUAUUUUCUAAGUUACUCCGCUCGUUAACAACGCAUUAAGCCGGGAUUAGUGAUCUGUUUUCGUUCGUUAUCCACCGGCGCUGUAAUCGAAGCACAUGGUUAUAUAUAAAGCUCAUCCGAUAUGAUUUCAUACGCAGUGGGAACAGUGCCAAUGGCUAAGCCCUCGUUUAUCAGAGCCGAGCAGCCGCUGCCUCCGGAUAUCGCCGCCGAUCGUGCAGCUCCCAGUGGAGGCGGCGGCGCCAGCUCUCGCCGCCGGAACAUCGUCUUCGUCGUCAAUCCCCGAGGAGCUAAUGGGAGGACUGGCAUGGAGUGGAAGAAGCUGCUGCCUUCCUUAAGGUCACGUCUGGGUUCUGAUUAUAACAUAUGUGAAUCUUUGACUUCUGGACCUUGCCAUGCCAUUGAUAUUACAAGGGAGGCUAUACGUGAAGGUGCUGAUGCAGUGAUUGCGGUUGGAGGAGAUGGAACUCUUCAUGAGGUUGUUAAUGGCUUUUUCUGGGGUGGAAAACUUGUUUCUAAUAGUGAUCAGUCUGUCCAUGCGACUGCUCUUGGUCUAAUUCCACUGGGAACUGGUUCUGACUUUGCUAGAACAUUUGGUUGGAAUAACGAUCCUUGUGAUGCCAUUGAACGUAUUUCUAAAGGGAUUAGAUCCCGCAUUGAUGUUGGAGUUAUUACUGGAGAAAGCAGAGAACCACAGUAUUUUGUUAAUGUUGCUGAUAUUCAUUUGAGCGCAAAGGCUGGUUAUUAUGCAUCGAGAUACAAGAAGUUUGGAAAUCUCUGCUACGUAAUUGGUGCUUUGCAAGCUUUUUUCAGUCACCAUAACCGGGACCUUAGAAUAAAGUUCGAUAAUGGCGAAUGGGAAGUUUACCCUAAGGUAACAGCUCUUUGCGUUGGGAAUGCCAAAUAUUUUGGCGGGGGAAUGAAGAUUACACCAAAUGCCCACCCGUCUAGCGGCAACCUUGAGGUGGUUAUUCUUCAAGACUUCAAAUGGUAUGACUUUGUCUUCAAACUGCAUAAGCUAUACAAUGGUACACACUUAUCAGAGAAAAACGUAUCUUCAAGAAGUGUAAGUUCGAUCGAGAUCGAGGAAGUCGUCAGUAGUAAUAGUAUUUUUGUCCAAUCUGAUGGGGAAUAUCUAGGGUUCCUUCCAAAAAAGUUUAGCAUUUUGCCUGGUGCUAUUGAGAUGAUAUGCUAGAUUAGGAUGGAUGGUAGUUUGCCUGGUGCUAUUUGCGAGAUAAAAGAUGUAUGCCGAUAGUGAGACUUGUUGAAUAUUGAAAUUUAUGAAGAAUCACUGCUGUUGUCUGGGAAUGCAAUGUUGAUUUCUUGAA